AAUAGUCUUGUGAGCUAUAAUUAUACUCUGAGUUUCGAGGGCGGUCUGGAAUAAAGACCGCCUUCCCACUCUGUUUGUUUUUGUGGUUAGUUCCACAGCUACAGUACAGAAGAGUGAAGUAUGGCAAACCUUCAGGGAGCUGUCAUCAAUGAUCAUGAAGGGAAGUCAGAUAUGAAAUCGAGGCCUACACUGAAGGAUCUGUUGAAGGAACUUGACUCCGUUGUCACCUGGCAACUGCUCAUGAUCAAUUUGGGAGGGAAAAAGUCUGAAAACGAUAAAAUAGAAAUUAAUUUCCGGUGCGAUAUUGAUCGACAAAAACAGGAGGCCUUUGAUAAGUGGUUGAGGAGGAAACCUGAUGCUUGCUGGAAGGAUGUCAUUGAUGCUUUGUACGAAAUGAAAGAGGUCACUCUGGCUAGUCGUCUUUCUAGGAAGUAUGACUGGAAAGAUCCAAGGGUAUACGUAAGCUGCAACUUCCUAAGUGCCUCUUAUAAUGCUCGCAUCACUGCCAGGAAAAUUGGUGAUAUACCCUAUCGAAGAUUUCUUCCUCCACUUGAUCAUGGACUAGAAUACUACACAGUUGAAGACGAAUCAGUACAACCAAUGAAUGAAAGAUCAGUAGCAGAAAGGACAUCUCGAUUCUCACGUAUCUUACUGAAUUAUCCACGCCCUUACAGUCUGUCCGAUUUAUUUAGCCGUAUUGAAGAAAGUAACAGUAAAGGAGACUUCAAAGUUGGACUUGAAACAAGGUUUGGACGUUUGUACUGGAAACUGAAGCCAGAGAUGAUACUUCCUGCUAACUCAACUAGUGAGGACUGGAUAAGUUCUAAAUUGCUCCGAAAAUCAGCUUUUAGCACCGAAGUAGAAGAAGCCGAUGUUGGGCAACUGUUCAUUGGGAGAGAGCAGCUCGGGAAAGAGGUCACUAAAAUAUCUUUGACGUUCAAAGUGGAGGGUCAAGGUGAAGGGAGAUAUUCGGCUGUCAUCGCUACGUAUGAAGAUGGUGACAUGUUCUAUCUGGACGCUGUGUACAGAAAACCAGCCACUGAGAAGAGAGCAAGAUUAAAUGUUGCUCUACCAGGACGGAAGUAUGACUUGAGGAUAUCUGACUGUACUGAGUGCAUCUUGCUGGCGGAGCACCAAAACAGUAUACCCUAUCAGAUGGCCCGAACCAUCACUGAUGCUUUAUGCAGACUUCCUAAUAAAAAACUUAACGUCAUUCUUCGGGGCUCAUCACCUAACAAUGAGAGCUCUUGGAAAGUUGAGAUCAUUCGACAGCGUGUGCAGAGGCAGUACAAAUGGAAACCGGAGAAAAAGUGGAUUUUAGCCCGGUAUGAUGUUGAUGUCUUAGACUAUUAUGACACAAAGCAAGCUGUUGUCGACAGUGCCCCACUGAAUGAAGGAGUGGAUAUAUUGGAGUUUGACUACUCAAGGAAAGAAGUUGAGCUUUGGGCUCAGAAGAUAUUCCCAAAAAACAUUAGCAGCACCCACCCCUCACGAGACAAGUACUACUACAUGGAAGGGAUUGAGGGAGUGCGACUGCCUGGGGGGGAACUCAGGGAGCCGUACAAUUGGACCACUCAAGAACUGUUGAGAGAUUUCGAGGAGUUUCUGGGAGAUGCAUUCAAGAUUGCUCACAUCCUCGAUGGAUCACCUUACUAAACUAAAAUGCUUUCUGUCAUUUUAAUACUUAAUUAAUUGUACGUCAGAUGUAGCUAUAGGCCACAAAGCAUAAUUACACUGAAGUGGUGGACUGUCAAUAAAAAAUGAUUACCGUAUAUUUUGCGGGUGACCAGCCUUUUAUUAGGUGAAAAUUAACCUGUGAAUAAACCAAAUCAACAGACAAUUUGACCAUU